AAGAAACAUACAAAGGUCACUUUUUUCCCCAGUCAAAUGGAAAUAUGGAAAAGCCCCAAACCCAAAACUAAUGAAAAACCCAUAUCAAACAAAUUGGGUUAGUUGCUUUGAAUAUAAUCAAACAACACGCAACCUCCAUUCCUUUUAUCUACUACUCCACUCCAGUGACUCACUCACUCAAGUCCGUCGCGAAGGCAAUACUAUCUUCAAAGUUUCUCUCUUGUGAUUACACACGGAGGAGAGAAGAGAUGGUUGGGCCGGGACGACCACAAUUUGUGCUAUUUGGAUCGUCGAUAGUUCAGCAAAGUUUCUCCAAUGGAGGAUGGGGAGCUAUUCUUACUGAUCUCUAUGACCGUAAGGCAGACAUAGUUUUGCGAGGAUAUUCUGGCUGGAAUUCGAGGCGUGCUGUUCAAGUAUUGGACCUAGUUUUCCCAAAGGAAGCAGAGGUUCAGCCUUCAUUGGUUAUAGUGUAUUUUGGUGGGAAUGAUGCAGUGCACCCUCAUCCUAGUGGCUUAGGUGUUCAUGUUCCUCUUCCUGAAUAUAUUGACAACAUGAAGAAGAUCUAUUUUCAUCUCAGGAGUCUUACAGAUAAGGUCCGAGUAAUUUUUCUUACUUCGCCUCCCAUCAACGAAGCACUGAUUCGUGAACAUUUUGGUAUUUUACAUGACAAACAAGUCCGGAAAAAUGAAACAUGCCGUAUCUAUGCUGAUGCUUUAGUAGACUCUUGCAAGCAGUUAGACGUUAAAGUUGUCAACCUUUGGACUGCCCUUCAGCAACGAGAAGAUUGGGCAACAACUUGCUUAACAGAUGGAAUCCAUUUUACACCGGAGGGGAGCCAAAUUGUGGUGAAAGAGAUUCUGAAGGUUAUAAAAGAGGCUGACUGGGAACCUAGCCUCUUUUGGGAGUCGAUGCCGAUUGAAUUUUCUGAAGAUUCGCCUUAUUACAUGGUUCAUCCUUACAAUCAUGGUAAGACCACGAACUCUUCUUUUGGCAUCUCUAGUUGGAAAAUCAAGUGGACUGCUGAUAAAAUUCGCUCAAAGCUUUGAAACAUUCAGGGCUUUUUGUAUGAAUCCAUAAUAAACUAGGAGUAUUAUGUAUUAUACGAUUCAUUGCUCACUCAACUAUUUAUGAUUUCAUGGAAUGUAAUCCAACAUAUGUUGCGUUAUGUAUAAUAAGAUUACCCUUACUAGUAUAAUUUUGAUAAA